UUUAAAUCCCACUGCCUGUGCGCUGCCUUUUGUUUUGACACACUCCGCUUCUUCCUAACGGGCUCUGCUUCCUGACGAGGGUACAUGCUCUGACAAUCUAAGCCUUUUCAGAUGAUAACAUGAUCCCAGUGUUGCAGAGUGGUGGAUGUCUGAGCUGUUAGUGAUGGAGGACCUCUGGGAUGUGGCCGUGGUCCUGUUCCAGGUGUGGAUCUCUGUGGUGUUGGGCCUCAUCAUGCUACCUGCCAUGUUUGGCCUCUCCCUGGGUGUCACCGGGGUCUACAUCCAGAUCUUGGUUAAAAUUCUGGAGUGGGCCACAGUACGAAUCCAGAGAGGACGCAAGGAGCAGCCCACUCUGCCACUCCCCCUGGCCAAUGGGAUCAUUGAGAGAGAGGGGGGCUCCAUGGAGGAGGAGAUGGGGGAGCUGCGGUGCUCCCGGCCCCAGUCCCCAGCAGGGCGAGAGUUUGCUCUGUGCGAUGUCUUCUAUUUCUACAAGAAGGGCAUUGAGAGCAUCGUGGAUGACCAGGUGACGCAGCGCUUUUCCUCGGAGGAGCUGGCCUCCUGGAACCUCCUCACCCGCACUAACCAGAACUUCCAUUACAUUAGUCUGCGGCUCACCAUCAUCUGGGGCGUAGGCGUCUUUGUCCGCUACUGUGUCCUCUUCCCUCUCAGGAUCACCCUAGCUAUCAUCGGCCUGACAUGGCUCGUGAUUGGAACCACUCUGGUUGGAUUUCUGCCUGACAGCAGUGCAAAGAACUGGCUGAGUGAGUUGGUCCAUCUGAUGUGCUACAGGAUCUGUGCCAGAGGACUCUCAGCCACCAUCCAUUACCACAACAAAGAGAACCGUCCACAAAAAGGAGGAAUAUGUGUUGCGAACCACACCACGCCUAUUGAUGUUGUCAUUUUGGCCAAUGAUGGAUGCUAUGCAAUGGUGGGUCAAGUUCAUGGAGGCCUGAUGGGGAUCAUUCAGAGGUCGAUGCUGAGGUCUUGCCCCCAUGUGUGGUUCGAGAGAUCAGAGAUGAAAGACCGCCACGCUGUUACCAGUAGGCUGAAAGCUCAUGUUGCAGCCAAGAACAAACUUCCCAUCCUGAUUUUUCCUGAAGGGACCUGCAUCAACAACACGUCAGUCAUGAUGUUUAAGAAGGGAAGCUUUGAAAUCGGAGGGACAAUAUACCCAGUUGCCAUCAAGUAUGACCCACGUUUUGGAGAUGCUUUCUGGAACAGUGCCAAAUACAACAUGGUCAGCUACCUGCUCAGGAUGAUGACCAGCUGGGCCAUCGUGGUCAAUGUGUGGUACCUCCCCCCUAUGACCUUAGAGGAUGGGGAGGAUGCGGCCCAUUUUGCCAACAGAGUGAAAUCUGCCAUCGCUGAGCAGGGAGGGCUCCUGGACCUGGCAUGGGAUGGGGGACUGAAGAGAGCGAAGGUGAAGGAUGCAUUGAAAGAGGAGCAGCAGAAGAUGUACAGCAGCAUGAUUGUGGGACAAAACGGCAACAUCUCACCAGAACCUCACAGUCGAGCCACAGAGAAACAAUAAUGUCUGACAGUCCCCUCCGAUGAACUCUGGACAAUUUCUCUUUCCCUAACAUCUUUCUGUGAUGUUUGUAAAUCCCUCACCUUCCACAACACAACUGGAAUUGGAUAAACUUGUUCCAUGUUGUUGGAAAGCGGGAGGCCACAUGAUGCUGAUUCAUACUGAGAAAGAUUCAAAUGUGCCAGCUUUAAGCCUUAGCUGGUUGCUUUGAGAUGCUUUUUCAAUGAAAGGAGCUAGGACGUAACCACACAUUCUUCUGGGGGGGGGUCCCCCUCGAUAAUGAGAAAAUAACAAUCUGUCCAGCCCAAUAUGCAGUAGAAAAUAUGUUUCUAUCUUCAGUAUGGACACGCGUGGGUUCCCAGCCACCAGGAGGUUUGGUUCUGGAGAUAUAUGCCCAUUCGUGAGGCCCUCCAUUUUUCAGCGUAAACACACACACUUUUAUUUUGAAACUAAUCCAAAUAAGCUUGGACUUACUUGAAAGCCCAUAGCACUUUUUUCAUUAAAGGGAUAAUCUGUCAUUUGUUCAUGCACAGCAUUGCUUGGUCCAAUAAUAGCAUUCUCGUUCCAAGCACAAUAUUUACAUAAACUUGCUUUGGAAGCCAUUUGCUACUACUGGAAAAUGCAUGAUACUAAUUUGGAGGUGCGUUAAAAGUCAGUAAACAGUAGGCAACUGACCAAAACAAAAAGAGGUGCAGCGGCAGCCACUAUUUUGGAGAAAUCACAGACUAUUCCUUUAAAUGGGAAUUCAAAUGGUCUAUAUAGUCCUCAAAGCUGUGUUCCAGAUGUGCAGAUUUUCAUACAUAAAAAUGGAAAAUGCACUUAAAGAGCUCUUAUUUGGGACCCCCACUCCCCAACAUCUGUGCCAUGGUUAUGUCCUCAGAAAGGGGUGAAGACACCAGCUACUCAAUGUAAUGUGCAUUGAUGAAAUAUUUUAUACUUGCCUUUUUAACUUGUCCUCGUCUGAGAGGAUCUACUUCAUACUUUUUCAACUGUUUUCAUCUUAUAUGCUGGAUGUGAUAUUUUUGUCCAAAGAUCUGUGCUCAACCUCAAGGUUUCUUUUCCAAUAAGUCUUCAUGUUAAAGAGUUUUGUCUCCGGUGUCGUUCCUCUGGCCCUGCGUUGGUGUGAGACUGCAUUUCUACCACUGGGAGGCAGUGUAUGCUAACACAACAGUUGCUAUUGUAUUUAUCCACUUAUUCCAUUCCCCAAGACAUAUCAGCCUAUCAGUUGUUAUCAAAAGUUUAGUGUAGCCGGGGCCACAGUGAUUAAAGAGAUCUACAUAGAAAAUAUCUUGAAUCAUAUGGCACAUGUAUUUGAGUGAUGGUCGUGAUAUAACCAGAAGCCUGCACUGUGUGGAUGGAAAAUAAUGCCUUGUAUCUCCUGACCCAAUACAAAAUAUUUGUAUUUCCGCAGGUAAGGAUUUAAAAUGUUAAAAUAGUAGAGAUGUUUUUUUUUGUUUGUUUGUUUGUUUGUUUUAAACCAAAUGUCACAUUUUGUGACACAUUUUGUGGUGCUGCUCUUUUACCUGUGCGGGUCUGUAAUAGCAGGAAAAAUUCUAACAUUUGGUUUUAUUUUUCCAUCUGCACACCGUUAUAGGCAAAUCAUUUCUCAUCUUAUUUCAGUGUCAUUACAAACCGAUGUUUCACUGCACUGUGUGAUAAACAGCGCAGCAAUAUAACUCAGGUGAAAAGCAACAUAAAGCAUCUUAUAGCAUGAUUACUUAUUGAAUAUGGUACUUGUAGCUUAAUGAAACCAGAUAUUUGCAAUCAGAUUUGGACAUGGGCUAAAUGAAUGCCUGCUCUGUGCCAUUUUCCUUUAAUUAACACCACCACUGAUGGAAAUGUUAUGAAAUAUUCACCUGAUCACUGGGGCAGUUUUAAGGGCAGUGUCUGUCCUAAUAAAAAUCUAUUAUCCCCCGUUCAAUAAUUGAAGGCAGUGGGAAAGAAGACGAAGAAGAAGAGAGAGAUAGAAGUGGCUGUUAGAGAGAAAAAGAAAUGCUUGGUCUCCACUAAAAAGCUUGUGCAGAUGAGUAUGGGCAAGACAUGUUUACUGUGACGGUGCUUUAAUAAAGAAAGCAGAGACU